AACUCUCUCACUCGCUCACUGCGGAAAGAAGGUGUUCUACGCUGACUCCAAAGCUUCUGAAAAGGGGACACCUCAAGAAACCAACCAUGAGAAGCCCUGUCUUCUGCUUGAUGCUCCUCUCCAGUUCCAUGGGCAUCAUCAGGGCGAGUCCCACGCAAGCGGCUGAAGACAGCGGGACCCUCGACGUAUCCCGAAGCCCUUUAGGAAGCGGACAAAAACCGGGAUUACCGGAUACCUCCCAAACUAGCGAAGGACUCCCGAGGGUUUUCUUCGACAGGAUCGCCAGCUUUUUGGGGUUUUCCCCCAAGCGUGAUGUCAACGCAACCACAGCGGGAUCCUCAUGCGGAGCAAACACAACAGACGCCAAGGUCGGCAACAAGACCGCCGCCCUUCUUCGCCAGACGCGGUCCUUCGGGACGAGAUUCAACCUAGUGGGCUUCGUCCAGACGUUUCUUCAGAUCGUCCAAGAUAAACUACAAGCGAAUGGAGUACCAAAGUUGACCGAUAUCGUCUUGGAUGUUUAUGGAGCGGCUUGCAGUGAGAGAGACUGCGCAGGCAACGCAGGCAUCUGCUUGGGUGCCAUCUCACCUCCAAAAAAUAUGAGUGAAUAUAAUCAACAGUGCAUCCCAGCGAUGUCGACGGUAAUCAGAGAAGAUAACAAUGGAACAAAGGGCGCGAGAUAUUGCGUGUUGAAGGCUAUUCUCGAAAGCAUGAACCUGACAUUCACUGACGAUCCGAAGCAAAACGCAGUGACCUACCUGAGGGCAAGACUCACUGACAACCCUGCCCUCCACGGAGCGGGCAAGGACGUCGUCGAAUCCGUUGAAAAUGGAAUAUGUGUGCCUUCGAGUCUCGCUAACUUCACGUUAAGAGAAGAAAUUAAAUUUGGCCUCUGCCUCAUUCGCCAGUGCGUCGAAGCAAUGGCUAAGAAUGCAACGCUCUGAAAGCUAUUCAGUGAUGUUUGGGGGACAGCUAUGACGUCAUCACCACAGUGACGUCAUCAUGGCUGCGUCGCUGGCCUAGACGGCGUCUCAUGUCCAAUGGGUAUCACGGCAUUGCAGUAAUGUCAUCAUGAAAGGAGGUCGUGUGUGUCAUCUUACAGCAUUUAACAUCAUUAUUGAGCAUUUGGAAGCAUAACCAUCUUACCGGUGGGAAUAGACAAAUGUACGAAUCAUAUUAUAAUUAAGGUACAUUAUAUUCUA